UUGUUUGGUUCUGAAGUAGUUCGCCUUUGCUGCGAUUUUCUUCAGCUCCUCUUGGAAAGAUAACAACUGUGGUGAAGUCAGUGUGAUCAAAUUCCUUAAGUACUUUUGUGAUUAGAAGUAAAUCGGCAAAGUUCUAACAUGGCCUCGUACGGAGCGUGGGUGGCUGCCCAAUCAGCAGGCAGUGGAAUGGUCAACAAUCUAACCGUGGUGGACAGAGUUCCGGCCGACAUGCUGCACAUGGUGGACGCCCACUGGUACCAGUUCCCACCGAUGAAUCCGCUGUGGCACUCACUGCUGGGCUUCGCCAUCGCCGUCCUUUGCUUCGUCUCGCUGGUCGGCAACGGAAUGGUCAUGUACAUCUUCACCAACACCAAAACGCUCCGAACCCCAUCCAACCUGCUAGUGGUCAAUCUAGCCUUCUCGGACUUCCUGAUGAUGUUUACCAUGGGACCGCCAAUGGUGAUCAACUGCUACUACGAGACCUGGGUCUUCGGUCCCUUCGCAUGCGAGGUCUACGGCAUGUUUGGAUCACUCUUCGGCUGCGUCUCGAUCUGGACCAUGACUAUGAUUGCGUUUGACCGUUACAAUGUCAUCGUAAACGGCUUGUCAGGCAAGCCUCUGACCAACAACGGUGCCUUGGCUCGUAUCCUCGGAGUUUGGGUUUCUUCCUUGUCAUGGACUUUGGCUCCUCUCUUCGGCUGGAACCGAUAUGUUCCGGAAGGAAACAUGAGCGCUUGUGGAACUGACUAUCUUACCGAUACCUUCAGCAGCCGUUCGUACAUCCUGGUGUACUCGAUUUUCGUAUAUUUCGCGCCAUUGUUCCUGAUCAUCUACUCUUAUACCUUCAUCAUCAAGGCCGUGUCUGCCCACGAGAAAAACAUGCGAGAACAAGCCAAGAAGAUGAACGUUGCCUCCCUACGUUCGUCCGAAGCCCAGAACACCAGCACCGAAAUGAAGCUGGCCAAGGUCGCCCUGGUCACAAUUUCGCUGUGGUUCUUGGCAUGGACACCGUACCUAAUAAUCAACUACACUGGAAUCUUCAAGACCUCGCCAAUCACUCCCCUGGCCACAAUCUGGGGAUCGCUGUUCGCCAAAGCCAACGCCGUGUACAACCCGAUCGUGUACGGAAUCAGCCAUCCGAAGUACCGUGCUGCCCUGUACCAGAAGUUCCCAUCGCUGUCUUGUACGGAUCCGGCUGACGAUUCGCAGUCGGUUGCUUCCGCUACAACUGCCGUUGUGACUGAAAAAUCGGAAUCUGCCUAGAGUGUUUGAUGAUGUUAAAACGGUUAAUUUUUAGUGAUAGACUUGUUAAAUAAAGUGAGCAAUUUAUAUUUACUUCA